AUGAGUGAUGCUGGCAAAUCAAAAGUGCUACAAAAUACAGGAAAAUUUGUAAGCGAAACGCGUGCAGAGGGUGAUGACUUCUUUAAUGAGGCAGGCUACAGACAGUCGCGUGAGAAUGAUAAGAUCGACUCCAAAUAUGGCUUUGAUAGAGUUAAGGAUAGCCUGGAGCGCACUGGGUAUCUUAUAAAUAUGCACGCUAACGAAGUGCUGGAUGAGGAUCGCAGGCUAAUUGCAGCGCUGGAUUUAUUCUUUAUACAAAUGGAUGGAUCACGUUUCAAGUGCACUGUGCCUUAUAAGCCGUAUUUGCUGAUACGUCCGGAGGCCAAUAUGCAGCUGGAGGUUGCGCGUUUUCUGGGACGCAAAUAUAGCGGCCAAAUAGCAUCAUUGGAGCAUAUAACUAAAGAGGACUUGGAUUUGGCCAAUCACUUGUCCGGGCUGCAGCAACACUAUAUAAAGCUGUCGUUUCUCAAUCAGACUGCCAUGACCAAGGUGCGGCGCGAGCUGAUGGCUGCAGUGCGUCGCAAUACGGAGCGCGCUAAGUCGAAUACAUACUAUAUGCAAAUGUUGGCAAACUCCUUGGCGCAGUCGGCCAACAACAGCGACGACUCUGGCGGCGGCAAGCGUCAGCUGGACUACUUUGACUGCAUUAUGGACAUACGUGAGCACGAUGUGCCGUAUCAUGUGCGUGUUUCCAUUGACUUGCGCAUCUUUUGCGGUCAGUGGUACAACAUACGCUGUCGCAGCGGCGCGGAGCUGCCCGUCAUCACUUGCCGCUCGGAUAUAUUGGACCGUCCGGAGCCUGUGGUGCUUGCCUUUGAUAUAGAAACCACCAAGCUGCCGCUUAAAUUUCCCGAUGCACAAACCGAUCAGAUUAUGAUGAUAUCCUAUAUGAUUGAUGGCCAAGGCUAUUUGAUAACUAAUCGUGAAAUCAUCAGCUGCGAUGUAGCCGACUUUGAGUACACUCCCAAGCCAGAGUUUGAGGGCAACUUUAUAAUCUUCAAUGAGGAGAACGAAAUGCAGUUGAUUCAAAAGUUCUUCGAUCACAUAAUGGAGGUGCGUCCGCAUAUAGUGGUGACCUACAAUGGUGACUUUUUCGAUUGGCCUUUUGUGGAAACACGUGCUGCAGUCUACGAUUUGGAUAUGAAGCAGGAGAUUGGCUUUGCCAAGGUGCGCGAUGGCAACUAUUUGUGUCGCCCAGCCAUACACAUGGACUGCCUGUGCUGGGUGAAGCGUGACUCCUAUUUGCCUGUGGGCUCGCAGGGCUUAAAGGCUGUGGCUAAGGCUAAGCUGCGCUACGAUCCUGUGGAGCUGGAUCCGGAGGAUAUGUGUCGCAUGGCUGUGGAGCAGCCGCAAGUGCUGUCCAAUUACUCAGUGUCCGAUGCUGUAGCUACUUAUUAUCUUUAUAUGAAGUAUGUGCAUCCAUUUAUAUUCGCCUUGAACACCAUAAUUCCCAUGGAGCCGGAUGAGAUUCUGCGCAAGGGCUCUGGCACUUUGUGCGAAACGCUGCUCAUGGUGGAGGCCUAUCAUGCGAACAUAGUGUAUCCCAACAAGCAUCAGAGCGAGCUCAACAAGCUGUCCAAUGAGGGUCAUGUGCUGGAUUCAGAAACCUACGUGGGCGGUCAUGUCGAAGCGCUUGAGUCGGGCAUCUUUCGUGCUGAUAUACCCUGUCGCUUUAGGCUGGAUCCUGCCAUGGUUAAGCAGCUUAUGAACAAUGUGGAUGCAGUGCUUAAGCAUGCCAUUGAAGUGGAGGAGGGCAUACCGCUGGAUCAGGUUAGCAAUCUGGCUGAAGUGCAGCAGGAAAUUGUGCAAGGUUUGCAGGGCUUGCAUGACAUACCCAAUCGACUGGAGCAGCCUGUUAUCUAUCACUUGGAUGUGGGCGCUAUGUAUCCAAAUAUUAUUCUAACCAAUCGCCUGCAGCCAUCGGCUAUGGUCAGCGAACGCGACUGCGCAGCCUGCGAUUUCAAUAAGCCCGGCGUGCGUUGCAAGCGCUCAAUGGAUUGGCUCUGGCGUGGCGAGAUGUUGCCCGCCUCACGCAAUGAAUUCCAGCGCAUACAGCAGCAGCUGGAAACAGAAAAGUUUCCCUCACUCUUUCCAGGCGGUCCUACGCGCGCUUUUCAUGAGUUGUCCAAAGAGGAUCAGGCGGCAUAUGAGAAGAAGCGUUUGUCGGAUUAUUGCCGCAAGGCUUAUAAGAAAACCAAGAUCACCAAGCUGGAGACGCGCAACUCCACCAUAUGCCAGCAGGAGAACAGCUUCUAUGUGGACACAGUGCGCGCCUUUCGUGAUCGUCGCUACGAGUACAAAGGACUUACCAAAGUGGCCAAGGCGGCGGUCAAUGCUGCGGUGGCCUCUGGUGAUGCCACUGAAGUUAAAGCUGCCAAAGGCCGUGAGGUGCUUUACGAUUCACUGCAGCUGGCGCACAAGUGUAUUCUCAAUUCCUUCUAUGGUUAUGUUAUGCGUCGUGGAGCACGCUGGCAUUCCAUGCCCAUGGCGGGCAUUGUGUGUCUGACUGGCUCCAAUAUUAUAACCAAAGCGCGUGAGAUUAUCGAGCGCGUGGGUCGUCCACUGGAGCUGGACACUGAUGGUAUCUGGUGCAUAUUGCCGGGCUCGUUUCCUCAAGAGUUCACUGUGCACACCACACAUGCCAAGAAGAAGAAGAUAAACAUAUCGUAUCCCAAUGCAGUGCUGAAUACAAUGGUCAAGGAUCACUUUACCAAUGAUCAGUACCAUGAGCUGCGUGCAGAGCGCAAUGAGCAAGGUGCGCCCAGCUAUGAUAUACGCGAUGAGAAUUCUAUAUUCUUUGAAGUGGAUGGUCCUUACUUGGCCAUGGUGCUGCCCGCUGCCAAGGAGGAGGGCAAGAAGCUUAAAAAACGUUACGCUGUAUUCAACUUUGAUGGGUCGCUGGCGGAGCUGAAGGGCUUUGAGGUCAAGCGUCGUGGCGAGCUGCAGCUUAUAAAGAAUUUUCAAAGCUCAGUUUUUGAGGCUUUUCUAGCGGGCAGCACGCUGGAGGAAUGCUACGCCUCUGUAGCCAAAGUGGCGGAUUACUGGCUGGACGUGCUCUACAGUCGUGGCUCCAAUUUGCCAGACUCGGAGCUGUUUGAGCUCAUUGCGGAGAACAAGAGCAUGUCCAAGAAGCUGGAGGAGUAUGGCGCACAGAAGAGCACGUCCAUUUCCACAGCCAAGCGCCUGGCUGAAUUUCUGGGCGAGCAAAUGGUCAAGGAUGCGGGUUUGGCCUGCAAGUAUAUUAUAUCCAAGAAACCAGAGGGCGCGCCAGUCACUGAGCGUGCUGUGCCCUUGGCUAUAUUCCAGUCUGAGCCCAGCGUGCGGCGGCAUCAUUUGCGUCGUUGGCUCAAGGACAACACCAUGGGCGAUGCGGACAUACGCGAUGUGCUUGACUGGCAGUACUAUAUAGAGCGUUUGGGUGGCACUAUACAAAAGAUUAUAACCAUACCAGCAGCGCUGCAGGGCUUGGCGAAUCCUGUGCCGCGCGUGCAGCAUCCGGAUUGGCUGCAUAAGAAAAUGCUGGAGAAGAACGAUGUGCUGAAGCAGCGACGCAUUAAUGAAAUGUUUAGCAGCAGACCAAAGCCCAAGCCGGCGCUGGAAGAGGAGCCCAAAGAUUUGGCUGACAUGGAGGAUAUGGCAGGGCAGGCACAUGAUGCAGGCAGUGCGGGCAGACCGCUGGUGCACAAACGCAAGCGUGUGCAAGUGGACGACGAGGAGCAGCAGCAGCAGCAAGAGCAGCCAAAGAUAUGGCGUCAAGCGCUGGGCUCACCACCAGCUAUGGCUGACAAUCGCAAGUCCAUGCUGGAGUGGGUGCGUUUUCAAAAACGCAAAUGGGCGUGGCAGCUGGAGCAGCGUCAGCGUUGCCGCCAGCAAAGCAAACGCAUGCGCGCAGGUGAGCAAAUGGUGGCGAUUCGUGACAAUUGCCUGGGCAUGCUGGCGGAUUUGGCUACGCCAGACAUUGAGGGAAUAUAUGAAACACAAAUGACGCUGGAAUUUCGCGCUUUGAUGGACAUGGGCUGCAUAUGCGGCGUGCAGCGUGAGGAGGCGCGACGCCUAGCGCAGUUGUCAACACGCGAGCUGGAAUGCUUCAACAUUGAGCAGCUGGAGCAGCGUCCGCAGUCGCAUGUGCGUUAUUUGGAGCAAGCAAGCCACAAGCUGCGCAAGAUUUAUCUUUAUCAGCAUAAUAUACCCACUGCAAAGAAAGAGUUUUGGGCGCUAUUUUUGCUGCCCAGCAAGCGUGCGCUAAUCUUUGCGCUGGAUACAGUGCGCACCAAUCAAAUGCCCAACAUGAAGCAGCUGUAUACAGCGGAGCGUCUAACGCUGCUAAAGAAUUUGCCCAAUGGCGACAAGUUGCCGCCUGAAGAUUUUAGCUUUGAGCUGUUAAUCGAAGUGGAUGUUAAGCAGAUUUAUAGGCACAUACAGCGCGCGCUUUCCAACUACAAACAGGAGCAGCUGGGACCCACUAUGCUCUGCCUGCAAACAGCUGUGGAGGCGCGCAAGCUAAGCGCUGCUAUGCCUGUGCUGCUGGAGUUUCCUCAAGCGCAAAUACACAUUUCAGACGAUGCCAGCUUGCUUGGCGGCUUGGAUUGGCAGCGUCAAGGCGCACGCGCUGUAGUGCGUCAUUUUUUGAAUCUACAAAAUGUGCUCGAUUUAAUGCUGGAUCAGUGUCGCUACUUUCAUGUGCCCAUUGGCAACAUGCCGCCGGAUACGGUGCUCUUCGGCGCUGAUCUCUUCUUUGCGCGUCUGCUGCAGAAACACAACUUUGUGCUUUGGUGGUCCAACAGCACGCGUCCGGAUUUGGGUGGACGUGAGGCAGACGACAGUCGCUUGUUAGCGGAGUUUGAGGAAAGCAUUUCAGUGGUGCAAAAUCGCGCGGGUUACUACGGCGAUGUGUGCGUCGAACUAGCGCUGGAUAGUUUGGCUGUCAGCGCUUUGCUGCAGUCGAAUCGCAUACAGGAAAUGGAAGGCGCCAGCUCUGCUAUCACCUUUGAUGUUAUGCCGCAAGCUUCACUUGAAGAAAUGAUUGGCACUGUGCCCGCAGCUACAUUACCCAGCUAUGAUGAAACUGCGCUCUGCUCUGCUGCGUUUCGCGUUAUGCGCUCCAUGGUCAAUGGCUGGCUGCGUGAGGUUUCACUCAAUCGCAAUAUCUUUUCCGAUUUUCAAAUUGUGCACUUCUAUCGUUGGGUGCGCAGCAGCAGCGCGCUGCUCUAUGAUCCUGCGCUGCGUCGCUCGCUCAACAAUUUGAUGCGUAAAAUGUUUUUGCGCAUUAUAGCGGAGUUCAAGCGUCUGGGCGCCACCAUUGUCUAUGCGGAUUUCAAUCGCAUUAUAUUAAGCUCAGGCAAGAAGUCAGUAUCCGAUGCUUUGGGCUAUGUGGACUAUAUAGUGCAGAGUUUGCGCAACAAGGAAAUGUUUCAUUCCAUACAGCUGAGUUUUGAGCAGUGCUGGAGCUUUAUGUUGUGGCUGGAUCAGUCGAAUUUCUCAGGCAUACGCGGCAAGCUGCCCAAGGGCAUAGAUGAAACGGUAAGCGCUAUAGCAAGCGCUAGACUGGAUACUGAAGCGGCAGAGGAGGAAGAUGAUGAAGAUGAAGCUGAGCACGCAGCUGCUGAGCUGGAGGAUUUGGUGCAACAAACCGAAGAGCCUGAGGAUGAGCUAGCGCUAGAGCUUAACUGGACCAUAGGCGAGCAGCUGCCAGAUGAAAACGAUUGUCGUGAGAAAUUCGAAGCGCUGUUAACGCUUUUCAUGCAAUCGUUAGCGGAGCGCAAGAACACAGAGCUGGCUAUAAAGGAUAUAUCACACUGCGCCUUUGACUAUGUGCAAAAGCUGCAUAAGAAUUAUGGCAAGGGCAAGCCAAGUCCAGGACUGCAGCUCAUACGCACGCUGGUCAAGGUGCUGAAUGUGGACAAAACGCUGGCGGAGCAAACGAAUGAGCUAAGACGCAAUAUGCUGCGUUUGGUGGGCAUAGGCGAGUUCUCUGAUCUAGCUGAAUGGACAGAUCCCUGUGAUACGUACAUUAUCAAUGAAGUUAUAUGCAAGGCAUGCAAUCAUUGUCGCGACUUGGACUUGUGCAAGGACAAGCAGCGAGCCAUGAAGGAUGGCAUACCCGUUUGGCUUUGCGCGCAGUGCUUUGUUGCCUAUGACAAUGAGGAGAUUGAAAUGCGCAUGCUGGACGUGCUGCAGCGCAAAAUGAUGAGCUAUGUGCUUCAGGAUUUGCGCUGCGUGCGCUGCAAUGAAAUCAAACGCGAGAAUUUGGCUGAAUUCUGCAGCUGUGCGGGCAACUUUGCGCCGCUUAUUAGUGGCAAGGAGAUUGAAACGCUGCUGCACACUUUUAGCAAUGUCUCCAAAUAUCACAAGAUGCCGCUGUUGCAACAGAGCGUGCAACAAGUGUUGCAUACAGCGCGUUAAUAUUAAGUAUAUGAAUUUUAUUUGUUUUAAAAUUUGCAUUAUAAACUUUGUUGGCCAAUCCGUUUACUUAUAGCUAAGAUUAUUAAUAAAAUGU